GUGUGUAGAGAUACAUAGAUACGUUUAUCAAUAUGUCAGUGUGCGAGUAUAAAGUGGUGCUUGCUUAGACUAUCCGCGGUUUGACCUUGAACCUGAGCCAGCGAAACGGCAGGUUACUUUUAUUGAUGCAUUUCAUGGAUUGAAGAAAAGGACCUUUUUUCUUUUUCUUUUCUUCUCUCUGCAACUGCAGUGAGAGACGGGAGUUGGAUUUACCUCGCCGAGUACCUCCUGGGUUGGCACCAUCAUCAUUGUUUAUCGCUGUGCUCGGAACGCCUGCCGACUGUGCCGAUGGCUCCCCUGGGUGAAGUUGGGAACUAUUUCGGCGUGCAGGAUGCGGUGCCGUUCGGGAACGGGCCGGUGUUGCCGGUGGACAGCCCGGUCUUGCUAAGUGACCACCUGGGUCAGUCCGAAGCAGGGGGGCUUCCCAGGGGACCCGCGGUCACGGACUUGGAUCACUUAAAGGGGAUUCUCAGGCGGAGGCAGCUGUACUGCAGGACUGGAUUUCACUUAGAAAUCUUCCCCAACGGUACUAUCCAGGGAACCAGGAAGGACCACAGCCGGUUCGGGAUCCUGGAAUUCAUCAGUAUAGCCGUGGGUCUGGUCAGCAUCCGUGGCGUGGACAGUGGACUCUACCUCGGCAUGAAUGAGAAGGGGGAGCUAUAUGGAUCGGAAAAACUCACGCAAGAGUGUGUCUUCAGAGAACAGUUUGAAGAGAACUGGUACAACACGUACUCCUCCAACCUGUAUAAGCAUGUGGACACUGGACGGAGGUUCUACGUCGCGUUAAAUAAGGACGGGACCCCCCGGGAAGGAACCAGGACUAAGCGGCACCAGAAAUUCACCCAUUUUUUACCCAGACCCGUGGACCCCGACAAAGUACCCGAACUCUAUAAGGAUAUCCUAAGCCAAAGUUGACAAAGACCGUUUCUUCACUUGAGCCCUUAAAAAAGUAACCACUAUAAAGGUUUCACGCGGUGGGUCCCUA